GAAAAGGAGCGUGUGGCUCUGUGGAGCUGUCUCCUGUCUGCUGUUUGUAAAGCGCAGGCCUCUGGAAUGCAUUGACACUUACAGGACUAUCUGUAUCGCUAUGAGAUGAGUUGAUACAGCUCUGUUUGCUUUGGAAAUAACUUUGAGGACCGUUUUCCACAUUUUGAAGAAACUGCUAGAGUGGUGGAACCUUCAGCUCUGGGGUUCAUUGUGCAGUGAGUGAAGCGUCCUGACAGCUCGUAUUGAGGAAUGGAACUUCUUUCUCUUUCUGAGAUGAAAUACUUUCCCAAGAUGCACUUCAUUCUGUUGAUGCUGCUGUAUCUGUUAGGCGCUGCAAGAACUCAAGUCAAUCCAGGUGUGUGUCGCUAUCCUCUUGGAAUGUCUGGUGGGCAGAUUCAAGACGAAGAUAUCACAGCAUCCAGUCAGUGGUCUGAAUCUACCGCAGCUAAAUAUGGAAGGCUUGAUUUUGAAGAAGGGGAUGGAGCUUGGUGCCCCGAGAUCCCCGUGGAGCCAGACAACCUGAAAGAGUUCCUUGAGAUUGACCUACGCACUCUGCACUUUAUAACCCUGGUGGGGUCACAGGGACGCCAUGCUGGGGGCCACGGCAACGAGUUUGCUCAGAUGUACAAAAUCAAAUACAGUCGGGAUGGGAGCCGCUGGAUAUCUCGGAAGAACCGCCUUGGGAAGCAGUUAAUCGAAGGGAACAAAAAUGCCUAUGACAUUGUCCUGAAGGAUCUGGAGCCUCCCAUUAUCGCCAGGUUCGUCCGAUUCAUCCCCGUGACUGAUCACUCCAUGAACGUGUGCAUGAGGGUGGAGCUCUAUGGUUGUGAGUGGUUAGAUGGUCUGGUCUCCUAUAAUGCUCCAGCAGGACAGCAGAUCAUUAUGCCAAGAGGUUAUAAUGUUUACCUCAACGACUCUGUUUAUGACGGCGCAGUUGGUUACAGUAUGACAGAGGGUCUUGGACAGUUGACCGAUGGAGUGUGGGGUCUAGAUGACUUCACACAGAGCCAUGUGUACAAUGUGUGGCCCGGCUAUGACUACGUGGGCUGGUCCAAUGAGAGCUUCACAACCAACUAUGUGGAGAUUAUGUUUGAGUUUGACAGAAUCCGGAACUUCACCACAAUGAAGGUUCACUGUAACAACAUGUUUUCAAAGGGGGUGAAGAUCUUUCGAGAGGUGCAGUGUUAUUUUCGCUCAGAGACCAAUGACUGGGAGCCCAACCCCAUCUCCUCUGUCCUGGUGCUGGACGAUGUUAACCCCAGUGCCCGCUUCGUCACCGUGCCCCUCCUGAACCGCAUGGCCAGCGCCAUCAAGUGCCAGUACUACUUUGCUGACACCUGGAUGAUGUUCAGCGAAAUCACCUUCCAGUCAGACACAGCCAUGUACAACACAACUGGAGCACCGCCAAAAAUGCUCCCAGGAACCCCAACCAGCACACAGCCAGCAAAACAGAAAGAAGAACUAGAAGAAACAGAAGGUGAUGACCCAACCCACAAAGUGGAUGACAGUAACACUCGCAUUCUGAUUGGCUGUUUGGUAGCCAUCAUCUUCAUCCUGGUUGCCAUUAUUGUCAUCAUCCUGUGGAGGCAGUUCUGGCAGAAGAUACUGGAGAAGGCUUCUCGGCGGAUGCUGGAUGAUGAACUGACUGCCAGUCUGUCGCUACAGAGCGAGACCUUCACCUAUAACAACAACAACAAUCGCUCGUCGUCGGCCAGUGAGCAGGAGUCCAACUCCACCUAUGACAGGAUCUUCCCUCUGGGGCCCGACUACCAGGAGCCAUCCAGGCUGAUCAGAAAGCUGCCUGAGUUCUCUCAGGCAGCUGAGGAGGCUGCGGCCGGCAGCAGCGGGGUUGUGAAGCAAGCCCCAGCCAGCGGACAGGAGGGUAUGCCGCACUAUGCCGAGGCCGAUAUCGUGAACCUGCAGGGAGUGACCGGUAGCAACACCUAUGCCGUGCCAGCUAUCACUAUGGAUCUGCUCUCUGGGAAGGACGUGGCGGUCGAGGAGUUCCCCAGGAAACUGCUCACCUUCAAAGAGAAGCUUGGGGAGGGGCAGUUUGGAGAGGUGCACUUGUGUGAAGCUGAGGGAAUGGCAGAGUUUAUUGACAAGGAUUUUUCUUUUGACAUCACUGCGAAUCAGCCUGUUCUGGUAGCUGUAAAAAUGUUACGAGCAGAUGCCAACAAGAAUGCCAGAAACGAUUUCUUGAAAGAAAUUAAGAUCAUGUCUCGAUUAAAAGACCCCAACAUUAUCCGCCUUCUGGCAGUGUGUAUCUGCGACGAUCCUCUCUGUAUGAUCACGGAGUACAUGGAGAACGGGGAUCUCAAUCAGUUCUUAUCCCGUCACGAGCCGGAGGGACAGGUCUGUCUGGCCAGCAACACCCCCACUGUCAGUUAUGCCAAUAUUCAGUACAUGGUCACACAGAUAGCAUCGGGCAUGAAGUACCUUUCCUCCCUCAACUUUGUUCACCGUGACCUGGCCACCCGUAACUGCCUGGUUGGCAAGAACUUCACCAUCAAGAUUGCUGACUUUGGGAUGAGCCGCAACCUGUACAGCGGAGACUACUACCGCAUCCAGGGGAGAGCCGUGCUGCCCAUCCGAUGGAUGUCCUGGGAGAGUAUUCUGUUGGGCAAGUUUACCACUGCCAGUGAUGUGUGGGCAUUUGGGGUAACUCUCUGGGAGACUCUGACGUUCUGCCUGGAGCAGCCCUACUCUCAGCUAUCAGACGAACAGGUCAUCGAAAACACCGGCGAGUUCUUCAGGGAUCAGGGGCGGCAGAUCUAUUUGCCACAGCCUGCCAUUUGCCCGGACCCUGUCUACAAACUAAUGCUAAGCUGCUGGAGGAGAGACACCAAAGAUCGGCCAUCAUUUCAAGACCUCUACCACAGUAUUUUAGAUUGCACCGCUUAGACGGCGCAGUGCUUGCAAAGGCAAUACCAGCAAACUGGACUUGUUGUUUGUGUCUUCAUGUAGAAACAAACUUAGUAUGUGCAGAUGGGAAUGUGGGGAGAAAGAGGCAAUCAAAGGAAGCCAAUGAAGGUUGGCGAGCAUUAUUUAUAUAUGAGAAUUAUCAGCUCACUGUCUAUAUUUGUUUAUUGUGUUGUCACACUGCCUAAGCAAUAGUUUCAGAUGGAGUGUCUGUGAGGUCCUCCACAGCAAAUGAACUGAAAAGAGAAGGACAAAGGAGCAGUACGAACGAUUGCCAGUGAGAACCACAGUUCAGUAUGCUAAAUUCACAGAUAUUGGUACUUCUUUUUAUUCUGGGGAUCUUUCGUUGUUAUGAAGACCUAUUUAAGGGCCUACAAAGGGAACAAUAGCUCCAUAUUAUAAUAGUCUUAAUAGUAAUUGUGGCCUUAAUAAUUAUAGAAGCCUUUCUUUUUUAUCAAUGUUUAUACAUGUUAUAUUGGAGGUUGUUUCAGUUUGAAAAAAAAUAUUAAAACUAUAAAGAAACUAUUGAUUUAGCUAUUAAAAAUAAAGAAAUAAAUGCUCACAUAGGUAAUCUUACAUUUAAAAAAUAGCUUGUCAUUUCUCUGGGACCAAGCACUAGAAAUGCUGGUGACAAUGAUGUAUAAAGAACUUCAUUUUUGUAUUUUAUUUUUUAGAUACUUCUGAAUGGAAAAGCUGUUUAUGGCCAUAUAUUUAGAUAUGUAGGUAUGCAGAUUUUAUUAAAUACAUCCACCACAGAUACCAAAGUACAAUUAUGCUAUCUUAAUAUGUUUCCUUUUUUAGAAAUACACUAGAAAUGUUGUGCCAGCUAUAUUGCCUAAAGUGUAGUGUAUGUUUUUGGAACAGGGAUUAUAACACAUCUGCUCUGUAUUCACAGUAUAAUCUAGUUAUUAGACUGGUGCUAUUUUCAUUCAUAUUGCCUAAUGCCAGUAACAUGUAGGACAGUAUGUUAUAUUGUGGCUUGUUGCAUGAGCCAUAAAGUAGUCCAAUAAAAGUUUAAUCUAAAUUAUUAUGUAAAAAGAAAACAAUACAUUUAAAAUCUUAGGGGAAUUCCCUCUUCAAUCGAAUGUGUGUGCAUUGUUGAUCCUCUACUGUUUUUGAAGGAAUUCAUCAACUCCUAUGAUUUAAAAGAUUAGACAAAAUGCAGUUUAUUUUUGCCUAUACUGAAGCCUUCUGUAUUGGCUUCCAUACACACAAGAAUACCACAGUAUGCAUCAUUUAUACACGAUACCAUUUGCUCAUUCGCUCAUUAUCUGUAACACAGAAUUCAUCUCCAUUUUUUUUCAUGGUGCCAAUUCCAGAUAGGAAAGAAGACUCAACAUGUAGAUUUACAUAUUAGCUUUUUAUUUUAAAGGUGUUAAAAUGUCUUUGAAGGUAUAUUGAUUUUAAUUCAUUUUAUUUAUAUAGCACCUUUUAUACUACAGUAUCUCAAAGCGCUUUACAGUUAAAACAGAAAGAAGUAUGCAGCAUCAAGUAGUAAAUUAUAAAAUAACAAUAAAUAAUUAUAAUAAUUAAUAACAAUACAAAAAGCGAAAUAAAACCAUUUAAGGAAACAGGAAAUGAAUAGGAAUGAUAGAUAAAACACAAAAUGACAAAAAUAAGCAAUAAAAUAGGUAUUGUAACUAAAUGCACUUUUUGGGGGUUUGAUAAAAAAAGGACUGAAAUAUUGAAUUAAAUCCUUCAGUUGUACUGACAUUUAACAUGUAUUGUAAAUAGCACCUGCAAUAUUGCAAUAUUUCCCUUUAUUACCCUGUCCCUUUCCUUAACCCAAUCGUUAGUGUCUCUGUUACCUGGUUCAUAUAAAACAUGAUCAAUUCCAAUGUAACUAGUUUUACCUAGAGUAGAUAUCUGCCAGCUUGUGACAAAGUGUUUCUAAGUGACACUAAUUAAUGUUCCUUCCUUGUGUUGUCUUUUACAUUGUUUUAGCUUAAUUUUUAAAUAGCCCACCUAUAGCAUACAAAUAUGCUUAGUACUCUGACAUGUUGAUGUAAUGAAGUGGUUCACAGUCAACUCUCAUCUCAGACUCGAGACAUUCUGCUUCACUGCAAUAGGAAAUAUCUUUUAAAGAUGUAUGCAAUGUGAAGAAAUGCUGGGUUUCAAAUACAAGUUGUGCAUGCUUUAGGAAGUUUUGUGUAAUGAACAAGUUUUUCCAUAAUGAAAGUGCAAUGAUAUAAGGUUGUUAUAAUGUGGUAUGGUCAUGGAUUCCAUUUUUUCCAUAAUGCUAUUUCAAUAGCACUUGCAUUCUCUGACUAAAACGUUAGCACUUUAUAAUAAAUAAGUGAAACAAUGAAGUGAGCUAUACAUGUAUAGAUGUGUUGUGUUCUUACACUCCUGUCCAAAUAAUUUAAUGAUACAUUUUUUUAAUAAGAAUGUUUAUGUUAUGUUAAUACACCAAAGAUUAGGAGUGUAAAAUACUUCGAAUGGACCGUCAUUUGACAUCUUAAACCAAAUGCUUCAAAUUGGUGGACAAUAAGAGAAUAUUGGUAAAACUUUAAGAAAACAAGUUAAAUAAAAAAUGAACAGCAGAGAAACGUUCAGACUACUUGAUUUAUAUAUUAUAGUAUAAUAUAGUGCUAUGGAUAAAUGAAAUAUGUAACAAUGCCGAGCACAGUACAGAUACCCUGUUGUUAAUCAAGUCUUUGUAUGGUUAAAUAUUUUGAAUAAAAGUUAUUUAUGUCCCACCUAAAAUAAUCAUCUGCUUGGCUAUUGCACUAGAAAACCUCAGAGUAUUAUUUGUUAAACAUGCUGGUCAGAGAAAGCAGGGAAUAUGUUUGUAUUCUUAAGAUUUGGUGUGUAUCUAUAUACAUAUAAAAGACAAGAUGUUUGCAGUACAUAGGAAGGCAGUGUGAAAGUGAAUGUGUGUGGUUGAUGGGGAAUGUAGGUUAUGAAGUCUGGAGUAAGUAUUACUAUCUGCUGUCAUCUGAAGGGCGGUGCUUUAAACUGAUGUUUUCCGACCAUCUGCUGUCUGUCCUCCAUUCACACUCAAUCAUGGAGCGUAUACAAGUAAACUGGGUACAAGGAUUGUGGGUAAACCUGGACCUUCAGCUAAUAGUGCUUUCAUUAGGCUCUGUUGUUUCACAAAUUUUGAGAGUUAGAUACAAACUUCCUGAUGCUGUUGUAAGUCUUUUUCAAAGUAGGAGAACAGCUGAUGAUCCAGUUAUGAAACAAUUUUUCACAGUUACAGAGUUAGGUGCAAACAUGGUUCCUAUUGAUUUUGAAGGGAAUCCAUUAAACAUAAGCAUGUCAUGCAUGUCUUCAUUCACAAAGCAUAGUGCAGAUACUGUGAUGAUGUUGGCUCUGUGUUAGAUAAUGGCUGCAGAUACUAGUAAUGCAUAAUUCUAGCAAUUAUCAUUUUGAAUGAGUAGAAACGUAGUGAGUAAGAAAAAUAAUUACUACAUAAAAAGAGAGAGAAAAUGCAAGGUUUGUGUCAUGGUGUGCUCUAAAAAUAUUUAAAUAUUUAGCUCCAGGUGACAACAUUGAAUAAAUAGUUAGCAUCACUACCAAGUGUACCUGAAUCUAAGCUUUUUACAUCACAUUAAUAUUUCUCAACGUCGGCUAAAUGUUUUAUUGGCUACUUCGCUGCACAUUUGUUUCAUAUUACAGCUUUUAAAACAAUUAUAUAUAGCUAAAGGCUUAACAUAACAGAUAUUUUUUGUUCCGUUUCCCCAAAUCGUAUGACAUUUAGGAGAAGAAUUCCACCCAUAUUUGUCAUUGAGAUUUUUUGCAUUAUACAUUUUCUUUGUUGUACAAGACAUUAUAUUAUUAUAUUAGCUAUGCAUCAAUUCAAUACAAAUGUAAAGCAUGUUCAGCCACAGUAAGUAAGCUUUGUAAUGUUGUAUAGUUCAUGUUUAUAUAAUAUGAGGUGAAGUUGUUUUCAAGGGUUUUAGGCAGUUCUGUAUCUGUAUUGAAUUGCUUUUCUUCAGUACUAAAGAACACCUGUACAUUAAAAAGAAUACAUUUUUCUAUGAUUAAUUUUGUAAUGUUAAAAUGCAUUAAUAAAUAAAUAAAUAAAUAAAUAAAUACAAAUGUGACCAAA